UGGCCGUCAGUAAUCGCAUCAUAGUCGUUCGGUCGAAAUGCGGUCCGUCCAAGUCCGUUGCAGGUUUUGCGGCCGUUUUUUCGCCAUCAUCUCCGGGACGAUUCGAUACGGGACUCGCCAUUAGAUAAAAAUAUACAAUCGUUUAUCGCACUACAGCUACAGGGGACACGUUAAUAUCGCAUCUGCUGUAUAAUAGUAUUUAAAAAAAUAAUAAACACUAGUAUACACCUAUUGCAGUGCGAUGAUCGCCAAAGACACCUCCUCAGUCGGGUACUUGUGAAAUAGGCGAAACCCUCCAGUGACAUAAUAAUACAAUAAAUACAAUUAUUAUUACAAUAAUAGUUGUCUUAUUUUUUACAUAUUUGCUCGCUUAAACGUUGGUUAUAAUAAUAAUAAUAAUAAUCGUUUUCCGGAACACCGACACCAUGGUCGUAGAAGAUCCGUCCAAGGCCCGAAUCGACAGGUUACGGUAUCUGCCUAGACAAAGGUAUCCGAGCAGUUCCAUAGACCUGUCGUCUUUUCGGGACUCCACCCACGGGCAUGACUUCAAUCAAGGCCACAGCCGGGUAGUCAUGACCAGGAAGACGGAACGCCGGAUAUACGUGGCACCGACGAAAUCCGGACAGCAACCCAAAUUCGAGACGCUCACCAAAGAAACCGUGCAGACGUUCCGAGGUAACAAAACGGAACGGAAGAUAACGUCCGAAACGAAAAACGUCGAAGACACCGUCGACAACAAGUUGGACGGUUCAUCCGACGAUUUCCGGUCGUCGUUGUCGUCCCGGUCUUCGCGGUCGUCCACGUCUUCACCCGAACUGAAAUCUUCCACCUACAAACAACAGAAAUACGCUAUACUGACGAAGCCUCAAAAAAAGAUACUCUAUGACGAAAACACAUUCGUCCAAGAAUGUCUGGACGCGCACAACCAAUACAGAGACAAACACUCGGUCCCCCCGAUGACCAUAAGUAAAAAACUGUGCAAGUACGCCGAAGAAUGGGCAAAGUAUUUGAGCAUCAAAGGCAUUUUGGAUCAUAGACCAUCGUCGCCUUAUGGUGAAAAUUUAUUUUGCUGUUGGACAUCGUUGCCCAACCAUAGGAUCGACGGUCGAGAGCCCGUGGAUAGUUGGUACGAAGAAAUCAAAUUUCACCCGUUCGGCCGAGAACCUACCACCCUUAAAUCAGGCCAUUUUUCGCAAGUGAUCUGGGCGAGCAGCAAAGAGGUCGGCAUAGGCGUGGCGUCCAGUCGUUCCGGUCAAGUGUUUGUGGUCGCUUGUUAUGAUCCUGCCGGGAAUUUCUUGGGACAAUUUAGAGACAACGUUCCGCCAGUGGGCGGUUUCAAAAACGCCCUACACGUGCCAAAGGUGUUGCAGCCUGCUUACACGGACGAGCAAUUGUACAAAGACAGUUUAAAAUUACACAAUGACUACCGAUCAAAACACGGUUGUGGCCCGUUGACUUUAAACAAAAUGUUGUGCCGGAACGCACUGACUUGGGCCAAGACGCUGGCCAAAGACGACAAGUUUAUGCACCAGCCCGACAACCCUUUUGGUGAAAAUUUGUUUAGCAUGUGGUCGUCGAACCAAGUGACCGCCAAGGACGCCAUCGUUAAUUGGUACAAAGAGAGCAAGAACUACGAUUACACCAGAGAACCCAGAGUAUUAAAGUCUGGACAUUUUACACAACUCGUUUGGAAGAGCACCAAGUCAAUGGGCAUCGCCAUGGCACAAGGAAAAUCCGGCAGAAUCGUUAUCGUGGCCAACUAUGAUCCGCCGGGUAACAUAAUGGGACAAUUCACCGAGAACGUUCUGAAGCCAAUUUAAUUUAGAUUUCCAUAUUUAUUAUUAUUAUUAUUAUUAUUUAUACGAUACUCGAACAUUCUCAAUAGAAGAGACAUUUAUUUUCCCUUUUCUAUCUAUAAUUCUUUCUUGCUCGUUACUGUUUUCGAUGUCUUUUGUGAAAAGUUUACUUAAAAAAAAAAACAAAUGAGUGUUAUUAUUUAAUAUUUAUACAUAAAAAAUAUUAAGUAACAUAAAACGUUUUUGUGUUGUAUGUAUUAUCAGUUGUACGAUAUUUAUUUG